AUGUCUGACGAAGCCGCCGUGGCUAAAAAAAAGCCUCCAGCUGUUGUGUAUAAACGCAAGCCGUGUACAGGCAACUACUAUGCUAUGGACUUGCCUCUACACCACUGUAAUAUCCUCAAGAUGAUGGAACCCAAGUUACCCCCUGUGCAUCCAGAGUCUAUGUACAACCAUUUACCAAAGCCAGUGGUUGAUGCUAUUACAGAAAAACCGGAGAGGUAUGUCUCCAUUUUUCGACCAACAGUCCUGGAAGAGAACAAAGCAAACAAGAUGCCAAUGCGAACGAUGGGACCGGUGAAAGUGGAGGUGCGCCAUGUCAAGUUCCUCAAGACGCCCACGAUUAUUCCCCAAACUCCUGAGAAGUUUGUUCGGCUCUCCAGAGCGAGGAAACCACCCGUUCCCCUGCAAGCAGAUCGCAAGCCUAUAAAACCGAGACCAAAGAGGGACUUUUUAAAAACCAUGGACAGUCUGACUAUGGUGGAGCCUGUGCCGGCCUUCGUGGACAUCAAGGGGCACAGGGAGAUCCUCAAGACGUCUGGGUUUGUCCCCGUCUUCUGCGAUAAGAAGGAGUAUGGAAAAAUACCUAAGUACUUACUCAAGCGCUACAAGGAAAAUCUGCUGAAGGCUGAGGCGGAGUAUUCCAAGUUGAAAGAAAGGAUCGAUAAGGAGGCCAGGAAACAGAUGUCAGACACAGAGAGAACAUCCAUCCUGGAGGGCCUGAGGAAGAUCUGGAAUCAGGCGAACACGGAUUACCAGUUGUUACCGCUCGUCAUGGUCACCCAUUCAAUGCUCGCCAGGAAAGAGCGACUGGAGGAGGAGAUGACCCAUCUGGAGACGGCCAUCGCCAUGUUCGAGGAUCAAUCCAAUCCAGUCUUCCUCCCACAUGAAGAUGAUUGA